AUGGAUCCCGCCUCGUGCUCAAACUUCGACGAAGUCCUUCCCACGCAUUAUUCUUUGAAUUGGACGGUCGAUUUCGACAAAGAGCUCAUUCAUGGAAAUGUGGUCAUUGAUUUGAAAGUGAAGAAGGAUACGUCAAAAUUGGUUCUUGACGGUUCUGGACUCACAAUUUCCAAAAUCUGGCUUGAAGGAAAUCAAGACGAGUUGAAGUUUUCCGUUGCUGACUAUGCACCAUUCGGGCAAAAGAUCGAAGUGGUGGUGCCAGAGCUUAAAGCUGACACAACAAGUAAGGUUCGAAUCGAAUACGCAACAUCGUCGCCUCCCUCAGCCGUUCAAUUUCUGUCAGCGGAACAAACAACUGACAAGCUGGCUCCCUACUUGUUUUCUCAAUGUCAAGCAAUUCAUGCUCGUUCGUUGAUGCCAUGCAUGGACACUCCCUCUGCCAAAGCUUCUUAUGAUGCCACUGUAUCAGUUCCCGCCGGUUUAACUUGUGUCAUGUCGGCUGUUGGUGAUAAAGUGAAAGAAGAGAGUGAUAGAGCUGUGUUUUUUUAUGAACAGAAGAUACCCAUUCCAACGUAUCUUUUGGCGAUUGUUGUUGGCAAGAUCGUCAAGAAGGACAUCAGUGAAAGAUGUGCUGUUUGGGCCGAGCCAUCACAAAUCGAUGCGGCACACUGGGAAUUUGAAGAAACCGAGAAAAUUCUGACUGUCGCUGAGAAUCUGGCUGGACCAUAUCAAUGGGGACGCUAUGACCUUAUGGUUUUGCCAUCAACUUUCCCUUAUGGAGGCAUGGAGAACCCGUGCAUGACUUUUAUCACGCCAACACUUUUGGCUGGCGAUCGAUCUUUGGUGAACGUUGUGGCACAUGAGAUUUCUCAUUCAUGGACUGGAAAUUUGGUGACUAAUGCAAAUUGGGAGCAUUUCUGGCUAAACGAGGGCUUCACCGUGUUUCUUGAGCGAAAGAUACACGGCCGGAUGUAUGGUGAACAAGCCCGACAAUUCGAGAGUGAAUGCGGAUGGGAGGACAACAUGCUGCCAACGAUCAACAAAGUUUUCGGGCCAACUCAUGAGUACACAAAGUUGCUUCAAAAUCAAAAAGGAGUUGAUCCUGAUGACGCAUUUUCUUGUAUCCCUUAUGAAAAGGGAUCCGCUUUCCUAUUUCACCUUGAGCAAACGCUUGGGGAUAACGCUCGUUUUGAGGAGUUUCUACGCGCUUACAUCGCUAAGUAUGCGCACAAAUCGAUUUUCACCGAUGAUUGGCGCUCUACUCUAUAUGAAUUUUACAAGGACAAAACGGAUGAGCUGAACAAAAUCGAUUGGGAUCAAUGGUUGACUGCACCCGGAAUUCCACCCGUUCGACCAAAGUACGACUCAACCUUGAGAGAUAUGUGCCGCCGUCUUAGUGAGGCUUGGCUCAGUGACAGUCCGCCAACAACUAGAGAUGAUUUUGAGAAAAUGAUUAGCAGUCAAAAAGUGGCUGUCAUCGAUGUAAUUCGUGCAAAUGGAAAGAUGUCCGAAGAUAAAUUGACCAAUAUCACUUCAUUGUACAAUCUUGAUAAAUCGAAAAAUUCCGAGUUGAAGUUCUCGUGGCUGAUGAUGGGAAUUGAGAAUCAAUGGACUCCAUCGGUUGUUCCAGCUCUCGCUUGGGUGCUAACAGUAGGUCGGCUCAAAUACUGCAAACCAAUUUACAAAGCACUUUUCGAGUGGCCAUUCAGCAAGACUCGUGCAAUCGAUCAAUUCAAGGCAAACAUUAGCCACAUGCAUCCGAUCACGGCUUCGAUCAUCUCGAAACUGCUUCCAAAG